AUCUCAGACUUCUAGUACGGUGUGCUUGGCCUGGAGCCGUUACACAGGUGAUUUCUGGACCCACGGGGUAAGCCCAUGUGAGAAACAACCUGGCACGUCAAGUUUAAUGGUCUAAAAAUAGCCCGGCUCAUCAGACACGUCACCAUAAAACUAACCGUUUCUUCCCGCCUAUUGUUGAGACGCCGGCGAAAACCUUCUCUGAUCUAACAAUCGGCAAUCAAUUUCAGUCACGUGACUCCGAAAACCAAUCGCAGCGGCCGAGAUCUAGUAUCUACAUCCGGGUGCUUGGUGAGAGAAAGGCCCAGGGGAAGGAACUCUCAUUUCUCCUAUCUGCUGCCAGAGUGACCGGCAGUGCUGACUUUUGCUGGCAUGCUGCUCUGAUUGCGUCACAGCUGUGAUUACGUCACACACUGACCACCAUGGGAUCGGGGGCGUCGACCACACCCAAGGCGGAGAAACCUGGCAGGGGGCCGGAGGACCUGGCCAAAAAGAGGAUGUCGCUUCACACUUCCGUCUCACACUACCACAAGAGCCAAGCCCCGCCCCCUCCCGCUCCUCCCCUCAGCAGAAAACAUGAGAUCUUCAAGGAGGGGGAGGGAAAGGAGGUGGAACAGCACGUUAGCAACCUGAAGCCGGAGAUGAACUAUGGGACCUUCAAGGAGCUGGUCCAGUACCUGACCGGGCCUGACCACUGGUCAGACGUUGACCGACUCCGCUCCAUCUUUCGCUGGGUCACGUCAGUCAAUGUUUUCAAUGUCAAGGUUGAGCGCCAACCCCCAGCCAACUCCCCCAUGGACUACUUCCUGAAGAUACAAAACAACGCGGGAAACCACGCCCACCUUUUAGCCGGCCUCUGUCAACUGGCCAACAUCCCCUGCACCAUCCUGAACGGGGUCAACAAGAGCGCCGCCUACGAGUGCGGCAAGCGCGUGGACCGCUCGCGCAUGUCCGCCCAGUGGAACGCUGUCUACGUCAGCAACAGCUGGAGGUUCAUUGACGCUUUCUGGGCCAGCUCGUGUGUCGUCGGCAAAAAGUCAGGUGAGUGGACCUUGAUGGACUCAGACGGCGAGUUGGUCGAGGCGGACGAGGACCAGAACGAGGGGGAAACGCUGCACCGGAUCAACGAGUUCUACUUCCUGCCGGACGCCGACCAGUUCAUCUGGACACACUUCCCAGACGACAGCCGGUGGCAGCUGCUCCAACAUCCGGUCACCUUGGCCGAGUUUGAAGAACACUACUACGUCAGAGAACGUUUUCACAUUUUAGGUAUGUCCAACAUCGCCUCCACCAAGCUGAAGUGUGUGGCGGAGACAAAAGACGGGGAAGUAGAGUUUUGUUUCGGCCUGCCGGCAGAGCGUAGCGGCAACUUCCGGUUCAAGUACAUGCUGUACCGGUCCAAGCAGGAUGUGGGUGAGAACCGGGUGGAUUUGUUCCUGGACCGGUUCGUCCUGUUUGAGCAAAGGGAGGACGUGCUGAGGUUCGCCCUCAGGUUCCCCAUCAAGGGCAGCUUCAAGCUGGACAUCUACGGCCUUGACCUCACCGACGGGGAUGUGUUUGACCUCUGCUGCACGUACAUCAUCAACUGCCCGCAGGCCAAGAAGAACUGCAUGCCGCUGCCAGACUGCCCGCCCCUGGGGUGGGGUCCGGUGGCCGAGACCCGGGCAGCUGGCCUGAAGCCCCUGACCCACAAGCAGGCGGAGGUGAGCUCCAAGGACGGGUUUGUUGAGAUCCGGCUGGGCAAGGAGCGAGCCCUGGCCUUCCACCAGAUGCUCAAACACGCCGUCCUGGACGAGGCGACGCUGAGCAAGUACGUGGUCACGGAGCUGGACAGCGAGCAGGCGGUCAUCUACCUGCGCCUGCCGCAGAACGGCGAGUACGCCCUCAAGCUGUUCGCCCAGGGGCUGGAGGACGAGGGCGCGGCGCCCAACGUCUUGAACUACUUGAUCAACUGCAGCGGCGCGGACAGCGGUCAGCCCUUCCCUAACCUGGCCAGCGGACAGCUGGGCCGGCAUCAGAUGAACAGCGACAAGUACGGGGUCAAGGCCGUGACCCACCCCAACGGCAUGUUGGAGGCCAAGGACGGGAAGUUGAGUGUGGCCUUCACCUCUGACCCGGAUGUUGAGCUGGUGUGUGAGCUGCACACGAAUGACGGCAGGGCGGCGAGCAAGAUGACGUCAGCGGUCAGCAAUAAAAACGGCAAGUGGACGUUUGACCUUGACCUGCCUGUGAAGGGUGAGUACUCACUCAACGUGUUUGCGCGGCGGAAAGGUGAGCAAGGUCAGAUCCACAGCGUGCACACCUACCUGGUGCGGUCAGCCGGCAGGGAUGGUGGUGGUGAUGACGUAGAUGGUGUUGGUGACGUCAACGUGGUCAUCCCUACAGAGACAGUGGAGACCAGCGACAGUGAGGUGAUGAUCCCCGUCCCCCCGGGCUGCAGGCGAGCGGUGGCUGCCGUACACAGGAGGAACGGGAACGACGCCCCUGACCCCAACCAGAUCGAGUUCAUCUCGGCAGACGACAUGGACCUGGUCAAGGUCAAGCUCAAGGACUACGGCGAGUACAUGCUCAACUUGUACAAAGUGGACGAGAACGCUAAUGUGGUGGAGAACGUGGCCAAGUACCAGAUCAACCGACGCCGACCUGGCGAGCUCUACAACAACAACAUCAGCACCAUCAUGGACGACAUCAAGCCCAGCAGACAAGACACUGAUGACGUCAAGAUGGGCGGGACUGAAGAAGACAACAAACGGCUGGCCAGGAAGAACGUGCAGAACGCCCUUGACCUUAAAGACCAGCGCCGUCUGGAAGAAGCCGUCCAGAAGUUUCUUGAGACGGGUAUCGAUACCAACGAUCCGCUGCUGGUCAAGGCCAAACAACAACUGGACAUCAUGAAGGCCAAAGCUGAGCUGGUCGAGGCCACACAGAGACGAGACAUGGCGGCCCUAGAGAAGGCCAUAGCCAAAGCCAAGAGCGUCAACGGCAAGCACGACCUUGACCUCCAGAUCGCCUUGGCGGUCAAGCUGAGGGAGCACCUGGCCAAGAUCGAGAAACUUCGUCACGCCGUGCUCAACAUGGAGGGCAAGACCAUCUCGGAGAUCAAGUCCUACUCCAACCCGCCGGAUGGCGUCCAUCAGUGUCUGAUGGCCACAUUCCUGCUGCUGGGUCAUCAGCUUAAGGAGCUCAAUGCGUGGCAGAAGGUGCAGGCCCUGAUGGGGAAGACAGGCCGUGAGUCAGUCAUGCGGAAAAUCUCCCAGUUUGAGGCCCAGACGGCGUCUUUAAAGAGCGCUCAGAUCGCCAAGAAGAUUGUGGAGCCCUACACAAAGGAGCAGAUCCGUGACGUCAGCGCAGGGGCGGCUACCUUCUACAUAUGGGCUCUAGGUAUGAUCGAAGAAGUUGAAUCUUACGGCGGAUCAGAGCAGAACGACCAGAUGCACCUUAAGAAGUAAUGGCUGGGGGGGGGG